CCUCGCCAAAGUGGAAAAGGCCAUUUUCGCGGUGCGAACGAACGAAGGCGAAAUUGUCGAAGAGAAGAAAUUUAUUUUCGUCCGACCGCUCUCGCCGUCUCUUCGAAAAGGGGCUUGUGCGACCUUGAAUUCACAGAUGUGCAGCGCUCGGCCCCCAGCACCUCCGCCAAUCACACACGUGCCCGCCGGUGGUGUUGGUGACUUUGGUGGGAGGAGAUAUUGGGAUUUGGGAAAGAUAAUAUUAUAAUAUGAUCUCAGAAUUCAGAUAUGUCGGAUCAAAUAAAAACAAAACCGGCUGAAUCAUCAUUUUGGUGAAAAACCACCAGAAAUUCAAUUAUAAUUUGAGUCUGUUUGUGAAAUUCAACUUGAAUUUUAGUGAUUGAAGCAAGAUGACCACGAAAACGCCAGUGUCUCGUCUCCAAGAAAUCAGUAUGAAAAUGAAAUUAGCUCCACCUGAGUACGAGCUCACCUUCAGCAGGCAGGAAGGUUUGAAUCCUUCCUUCACCUUCAAGUGCAUUUUCAACGGCACCAGUGCUGAGGGUUCAGGUCGCACCAAGAGGGAUGCGAAACAUGAAUCUGCAGACGCCCUGCUGAGGUUGCUCCAAUCCGACUUGGAGAAUGAGUCUAUUCUAAAUGUGGUGCCUGAUAAUGUGGUCCUGCCUCAUAGCAACAAGGUCCAGAGGAACUUUGUCGGAGAACUGGCCGAGUACUGUCUGGAGGUGCUGCACUUUGCUGAAAGGCCGGUGUAUGCAGAAGUGGAGGCCAGCGGAGCCGCCCACGACCCCACCUUUACCAUGAAGUGCACCGUCAGUAACUUUUCUGCUGAAGCAAAAGGCCCUACUAAAAAGCAAGCCAAACAAUUGGCAGCAAAGCAAGUGCUGGAAAGACUUCAAUCCUUAAAAGAUCCUGAAGAGAUGCCACAAGAGAAGCGAGAGAAGCUGUUAGAUUUGUCCAAUAUGAGUGAAGAAGAAAAGGUGGUUAUUAAGAGGGUGUUGGCCCUUCACAAAUCGGCUGCUCCAAAGUUGGAGAACGUCAACAAAACCAACGACAUCUUCAAACAGUUUUACUGCAAAGACUUGCCCAGCCUUGCGAGCUAUCCUGAAGACAGACUGAAAAGUGAUUGGGACCCCUGUGCUAGACUGCAAGAUGUGUGUUCAGUCCUUGGAGAGAACAUGCUUUCGUACUAUAAUUUUAACAAAUUCAAUGCAAACGUCAACAAUGGAGAUUUCUCUGAGACCGAGGGCACAAUUAUGGAACAGGAUCAAGUCUACUUUUCAUGUUCGACAACUGUCCACAUUAGACCUAUGAAUUUGACCUGCAAGGGAUGGGGAAAAAGUCCAGAGGAAUGCAUCAAAGCUGCUGCUGAAAGAAUGUUGUUUUUGAUGUUCUGUUUUGUCUAUGACAAGGAUCCAUUUGCCACUGUUUAGACACAUGAUUGUGAGUUUGCAAUUUAGCAGUAAGCUAUGUGAUGAAAUUAUGGACUUUUCAAACAAUAAAAUGAAUUACA